UACUUUUAUAAUAAAGAAAGAAUCGGUCACCUCAGCGGUGGAGCCCUCGUCAGCUCGAGACCACGGCCGACGACGGUGUCCUUCCUCCUACAAGCUUGGCGGGAAGGGCACCGCCGACCGCUGCUCUGGCCCCCGGCCGUUUCCGGCUGCUGUGCAAGUGGCGAGGCACGCAGGUUUGUGGGCGCUUUCCACUCCUGGCCGCGACGCUGGUUUCUCUGGCCCAGGUGAGUCCACCUCCCCCGGCGGCCGAACGGAUAAUGAGCCCCGGUUCCCUUUCGUGCCGCCGCUGGUGGACGCGCGCCUGUUUGGGGGCACGGUUUGGCAGCGAGCGAGCGAGCGAGUGGCCACACGCGACCGGAACGGUUAGCCGGUUAGGCACAGGAGUCUGGUCACUUGUGGCCUGCGCGCGACGGGGACCUCCAUGGCUCUCACCUGUGUGCUUGCCUCGCCCACUGGACGACGAGGCAGUUUCCACGCCCUGCUCGAUCUCGACUCCACUUGUCUUUGUCUUCCUCACCGGCACUUACAAAUACCCGCCCCACAAACCGCCGCUUCCCGCCAAACCACUACACUCCAAGCUUUGCCUGCCACUCAGGACGAUGUGCCAGAUCAAGCAGGAACCGAGCUCGUCCUGCGAGCCCACGAGCUCCUCCACGGCUUGGACGCCGCCGCCGCCGGCCGCCACCGCCACCCGCGGGAAGCGCCCCGCGGGGCGCACCAAGUUCCGGGAGACGCGGCACCCGGUGUUCCGCGGCGUGCGGCGGCGCGGCUGCGCGGGGGGGCGGUGGCGGUGGGUGUGCGAGGUCCGCGUGCCGGGCCGCCGGGGGUGCAGGCUCUGGCUCGGCACCUUCGGCGCGCCCGAGGCCGCCGCGCGCGCCCACGACGCCGCCAUGCUGGCGCUCCGCGGGGCCUGCGGCGCCGCCGCCGCGGGGUGCCUCAACUUCCCGGACUCGGCGUGGCUGCUCGACGUGCCGCCGCCAGCCGCGCUCCGGGCCGAGGCCGACGUCCGGCGCGCCGUGGCGCGGGCCGUGGAGCGGUUCAUGCACCUGCGCCCUGCAGCCGACGAAGACGACAUGUCCGCCACGUCUGAGCGGCCGCCCGCGGCCGGCGACGACGACGACGCUAACUCCGCCAAGAGAGACGGGGCCACGCCAUUCGAGCUCGACGUGCUCAGCGACAUGGGCGCGGGCUUGUACUACGCGAGCUUGGCGCAGGGACUGCUCGUGGAGCCGCCGGCGUCAGACGACGCGUCGUGCUGCGACGACCCCGACUGCGGCGACGCUGUCGUGCCGCUCUGGAGCUACUGAGACCCAAGUCGAUACCGAUACGUACGCUUUGUACAUCUGUUCUCGCUCUUUCCUUUUUGGGUUUGUGCGCUGGUGUUGUACGUUUUGCUACUUUAGGAAAUGUGAAUAUCCCAAAAUCCUAGCCAUGGCGAAGUAAUCUGAACA